AUGCCAAUUCCUUCCCAUUACUCCUGUGGAGAAGCCUGGGAGAGAGGGGAGUGGGGAAGAGCCCUUCCUGCACUGGGGCUCCCUGGGGUCCGUUGUCAGAUUCUCCAGGUGUUCAGAAAGAGAGGUCACCCCCAAGUGGCUCAGAGUCAUGACAGUUGGAGGGGGGGUAUCCUGGGGUUGAUGGACACAGCUGCCUCUUCCAUCUUAUGCAAAAGAACAUCUGCUGACUGGAGAAAGGGUUACUCUGGGUCUUUUGAACUUGAGAGAAGCCCAGGUGACUAUAGGGCCCCAGGAAUCCGAACCCCAUCUGCUUUCUUAAAAAGGUAUCUUUGCCUUGCCCCCAUCGUGAAUAGCUUAAAUAUAACUUUAACACAAAUCAGAAGAAUCCACACAACAACUCACCUCCCCUUUGUGAGCCUGGCAGAGAAACACAGGUUCUUUGUUUGA